AACGUAGUCAAACUGUCUUCCUCUUUUUCUUUCUUCCUCUAAUGGCUGCCUCCAGGAAGGUAAUGCACAUACGCCUGGCUUCUAACGCAGGGUGAUGACUGAGUGGAGUUCAUUGCUUUCUAGAUUCCAAUGCUAACCAAAAAGGAAAUAUUAGAGUAAUUAUAGAGGUUAAGAUACAUUUGAAGUACCAGCUUGUCGUCAUUGUUUAACCUCCCUUCCAAGACCACCUGAUCAGCAACAUGGCUUUUCUUGGGAACGCCUCACAACUCUUUUUGGUGCUCCUUUCACUGGUGAUUAUGCUGCCUGUGGUUGAAGCCCUGGACACUGGAGACGCAAUUGCUCUCUUGCUAGGUGUAGUUCUAACUAUCAUUGGAUUCUGUGCCUGUCUAGGCUUGUAUGCAAGGAAAAGAAAUGGACAGCUAUGACUUUUUAAAGAGAUGACCUGGUCAAGCAUAAUCCUAAACUCUACUUGUUACAAUUUAGGGUUUAAAACUGAGCCUCAGUUCCCGACAACUUUCAAAACCAUGGAGCACAAUCCUGCAAAUCCUUCUUGCUAUGCCAUCCUUGGUAAUAAAAACUCUUACUGGUAGAAGGGGUUUACAGGAUCUGUCUUCAUGACAGUAGGAAGAUGAUUAUUUCAUAUUCCUUGGGAUGAGGGGUUGCAUUAAAGUAAAGAUGGAAACAAGCUAUUUGAAGAAAAAAUUGCCCAGGUUCAUUCACAGUGAAAGUUCAUAUACUGAAUGUAACAUUUGUACAAUUCGAUUUCUGGGGCUAGUCAGCAGGAAGGCAGCCAUAAACCUCCUACUCAGGAUAAUAAAGAUUUGGAAAUAUUGACGCAGUUUUAAUAUGAUAACUAAAGAAUAGCCUACUUAGACAUCUGUGUGAGUGCAGAUGUUCUUUCUAAUUAGAAUUAAUCCCCCUGCAACAGCUCACUUCUGCUGUAAUCAGGCUGAGACAUGGGCAAAAUAGACAAAUGUGCAAAACCUUUUCUGUAUUUUUAUCUGAGAAUGUGCGUCCUCUGUAGCUUGGAUUCAUGUUACAAAUUAGAAUCAAAUUUAAUCAAUAGCUAUGCUUAAGGAUUAGACCAUGAUUUUUCUUUAAAAUGUGUAUGAUAUAUAGGAGAAUAUAUGUAAUACAUCGACCAGUCAAACAAGGAAAAGAUUUCUGAAGAAAAGAUGGAAAUGACCAAAUGUUUUGUGAAUAUAUCUGUUGGUUCAUAUACAUUUAUGUUUUAGUUUUCUUUGAGAUGCUCACAUUUUUGGGGUUUGUUUUGCAACAAUGAAGACUUACAUAUAUUGUUCAGUGACUGGUUCUUUUAAUUCUGAGCAGUAGGGGUAUUAGAACCAGCUGCUUAUGUAACUUUUCCCCAUGUGAUCAAUAAACUCAGUAGAUUCUUUGA